GGUGGGAAGAACAGGCGCCGAGGCAAGAACGAGAACGACAACGAGAAGCGCGAACUCACCUUUAAAGAAGAAGGGCAGGAGUACGCUCAGGUUAUUAAGAUGCUUGGAAACGGGCGUCUGGAAGCCCAGUGCUUUGACGGCACGAAGCGUUUAGGGCACAUUAGAGGAAAGCUGAGGAAGAAGGUCUGGAUCAACCAGGGCGACAUUAUACUCCUGUCACUCCGUGACUACCAGGACGAAAAGGGCGACGUGAUCCUCAAGUACAGCGCCGACGAAGCCCGAUCGCUCAAAGCCUACGGCGAGCUCCCCGAAAACGCAAAGAUCAACGAGACCGACACGUACGGUGACCAGGGCGACGAGGGCAUCGGCUUCGAGUUCGACGAGGACCGCGACGAGAGCGAUUCCGACGCUGAGAAGGGCGGCAAGGAGCUUGACAUCGACGAGAUUUAA